UUUUUUGCCAUUUGCCAUCAUCACCUUGACGUUAAUCGGGGUCUGCCGCGCGUGCAACCCUCCCUCUUCCGUCCAAGUCGUCGCGAGGCAUGCGCAACUGCUGUCACCGCUCGAAUACCAUCCACCAUCGCCUCGCCUCGCCUCCUUCGUCUCCCCCUUCUCUUCGCCCUCUCCUCUUCCACCCUCGGUAAUCGGCAAUUCGUGGCAGCACCUAUUGCGCUCUUCCGUGGCGGGUGAUGCUUGAGCGAGCUUCGACAUGCCUCGAAACCGGCGGACGUCAGCUUCUUCGAGCUCCGAAACAAUGCCUUCCCACACGCCGCAAACUACAUUCAGCAUUUUGGCACCACGGCGCCAACGAGUUGCACCUUCCGCCCAUGUGGUGGGCUUCUCCAGCCUCUACCACCGCGCCUCCUCUCCAUCAAUCCGAUUCUGGUGACCAUGUCGACCGACCGCGAAACACUCGGGUGGCCAGGCCGCUUGAACCUCCACUUCUCGAUUUCCUCUAUCCUGAAAAGACGCUUGCUCUGAUGUAUCGAUGGUCCACUCACCCUGCAGAUUCCGCCACAAUAGAUUCUCGGAGGAAAUUGAUCAAAGCCCCAGUGAUUCGUCAGUAUUCGACAUCGCAUUGGCCGCCGGGAGAUGAUAGACAGUUGGAUAAUAAUCUGUCUCUACUAGAAGUCAACCAAGAACUCGAGUUGCUGCUGCUCGAGAACACGGCCGAAGAUGCCCUGAAUAAGCUGCUCCGCAGUCAAGAGCCCUGGAAGCAAGAGUUGGCCUGGCUUCUCUAUUCUUCGGUUUCAGAAGCAAGCCGUCCCAGCGCAAAUCUUCCAGCUCUUCUUGAAUACCUGGCAGAUGAAAACAUGUCUCGAAAAGUGGCCAAUCGCGUCAUAGAAGUGUUCAAUGCCAUCGAUUACGAUGAUCGUCAAGCGUCUUCUUAUCAGAUUGCCAUAACCGCCCACGUUUUUCUUAAGUCGAUAGGUCCCGCUAUUCAACUACAGGAGGAAGCUGUCGCACGCUACAAUACGUUGGAAAUUGGGACAGACAUGAUACUCCAGUGUACAAUUGAGGACAGCCAGUGGGACCUCGCUUUUCGUGUAUUCAGAACGUCUCGUGAACUGAUGGACUGGUCAUCGGUCAAAGCUACGCAUUUUCACCAGUCAGCUUUUCUCAAAGUCAUCUGGAGUCGCGUGUCGCAGCUGCCUGAUCUCGUAGAGCGUUAUCAUUCUUUCCUCAUCUACGCGCAACAAAACCAGCAAGACUUGUCUACUACCCCGACGCAAAGAAAGGAUACACAACUGUUCGCUUCUGGAUUGAUAACCUGCGUCGUGGAUUUUGUGAUUGAUGACCCGAAGCCCGACGAAGAGUACAUAUACGAAUUUGUCAGCAACUUAUUUCGCGACCUCAAGGCCAUCAAGGUGGCACCGGAUUCACUUUACGAAUAUACCAUCAAUAAAAUGCUGCAGACGCCUCGAUACCAACGAUACACAAACGAGAAAAGGAAAAUAUGGCUUGAUCUGUACGCCCAGUAUCGACAUCUAUGCCUUCAUUACCGAGAGACAGGAGAUUCUCCGGACAGGCCACCAACUGUCCCUUCUCGGGUUCUCGUCGGACGUUUGAUUAUGCAACAUGGCGCCAUGGAUAGCAAAAAAGGCGUAGAUGAUCUGAUGCAAGAUCUUCGUGAGUUCUAUCCCGGGAGAAACCCUUGGGAUGGCACGACGCUUUCUUAUGUCGUUGGAUUCUACGCUCGAGCUGGAAGUGCAGAACGCGUUCACGAAUAUUUCGAAGAGUUGCAAUCAAAGUUUCCUCGUUGGGUGAGCCUCCAUCAUCUCUCCUCUCUCGUCUACGUGUAUUCCCGUCGAGCAGACGUUUCGGGAGCGGUGGAGCAGUUCAAACGUAUCAAUUCAGAGUUUGGCUUCAUGCCAGACGUAGUAUGUUGGAACAAUCUAUUGCACGCGUUCUGUCGAGCAGACGAUCUCGAAGGCUCAAUUGAGUGUUUCAACAACAUCCUGGACUCUGGGAUCAAGCCCGAUAUAAUGACUUUCGGGCCCUUGCUCGAUCUUUGUGCUGCUAGGGGUGAUGUUGAAGCCUUUGAGACUUUAUUCACCAAAGCUCAACAAAUGCAAAUCGAAGUGGGACGAGAUACCCGAGCACGUUCCGGCUACGUACAGGCAUUCUUAAGUUCCGGCGAUCCAGAAGGUGCUGAAGCCAUUGUGCAAGUCAUGCAUCGAGACUGGUAUGUAGGCACCAUGCGCGGCGAAUUAUCCACUCACCCCUGGAAUAUUAUUCUUAUGCACUAUGCGUCCCGCGGUGAUCUGGAAAAUACCCGAAGAAUAUACGCAGAGAUGAAGACGAAGAAAAUCCCCUUCGACACAUGGACAUAUGCAGCGCUCAUGCGAUCAUUGAUAGAGACGAAGAACGUACGUGCGGCAGAGAAAAUGUUCAAUGAAACAAUGACCAAGAAAAACAUGCGGAAGCAUGCCUACCACCAUGCGAUUCUUAUGGCGGGAUAUAUCAAGACGCGGCAGCCCCAUCGCGCCCGCAGAAUUCUCAAAAGGCUUCAGCUAACUCACGUGAACCAAACUCAAAGCUCACGCCAAGCAUCUAUUAUGACGGUUGGAGUCACCGAGUUGGAGAAAUUGAAAUCACAGCGUGUCAAAAAUCCCCGUGCACGCCUGAUUGAGGUGGAAAAUGAGUUGCGGAGGAGCAUCAUGACCGAUUACGGCUCCGAGAUUGCGAACAACGAACCCACCUACCGGAGGUUCAUCGAUUCCCCUGAGCUGGGCAAUGUUCCCCAGGGAUAUUUUGAGCUUGUAAUUAUGCUUUACAACACACGCGGCGCGCUCGACAUUGCCAAGCAGCUAUUUGAGGCUGCAACCAAGGUGUCGCUACCGGAUGCCAACUUCAAAGCUCCCGUUGCACUAAUGAGCACGAUAAUGGAAACGCAUUUCCAAGCGGGAGAGCAUGAUGAGGUGGAAGCGUGCUGGAAGACGGUUCGCAGAGGGGCUGACCAUUUGGUCAAGACUCUUCAACAGGCCAUGGAAGACCAAGAGCCCGCAACCAUGUUCGAAAGCGUCACUGAUCCUGCCCUUAAAGAAAAGAUGGAAACGACCCGUAUCUCUAGACAACGUCGCCACGUUUUGACCAGGGCAGCACGCGUAUACGUCCGGAGUUUGUGCGCCCGGAAAAAUGAUCGCGAUGCUCUUGCGCGAGCCCAAUUCGCCAUCCACGACCUGCUGGCCAGCGGCUUCGUCAUUGACACGGCGACUUGGAACGAGUACAUUCAGCAUCUUGCACUGUGUGGACGCCUCAUAGAUGCUUUUACUGCAUUUGAAAUGUACCUGAUGCCUGCCUUUCCUGGAUGGGUCGACGUUACUCCUGCUUAUAAACGAAAUUACCCAUCGGGUCAAUUGUGGAUGGAUUAUCGCAAGCCCCAGAUUGGCAAGCAUGACGUGUUACCGCGGUACAAAACUGUGGUGAUACUUGCAGCAGCGUAUGUGCAGGUGCAGAGGGAGGAGCGCGAGGGUCGUGGGUACCGCCAGGAUCUGGGGGGUUGGAUGGCGGACAUUAUUGAAAGAGUUGCGCCGAUGACAAUUCGCGCUAUAAAUACGAUGCCUCGGACGGGAGAUGAGAUACAAACGGAGUAUUUGUACCCAAAGUGA